GCGCUGCAAUGCAUCGAGGGAAGGGCGAGGAAUGGCUGGGGUGGCUGCUGGUUAAAGGGGUCCACGAACGAAAGAGGAAGGGAGAGAAACGAGAGGGAUUCAGAGGGUGGGAGUGGUAAGUGGGGAAGAGAGAAGACGAGAGGGAUGCUGGGGCGGUUCAGGCGAGACCGAGUUCACGCCAAGUAGAGUACGACAGUUUGUGUCAGACUACGGAGCUCGAAAGAUGCUCUCGGUUGUUCACGAGACGGGUGGACCACCCUCGUCGCGACGACGGUGUCGCGCCAUCGCGGUCUCCCUCGGUAUCGUCGCGUCGGCCGUUCGCGGAGAAGCCGAAAAGAACGCGGGAAACAGCGGUGCCGGUAGGAUCAGCAGACCAACAUCUACUGCCACGAUGAUGACUAUGGCCUUAACCGUCCUUUUGAUCCUGGUGCCCGCGGUAUUUCCAGACAAGAUUUCCAUCGGUGCCAUUUUCGAGCAAGGUACCGACGAAGUGCAGUCCGCUUUCAAGAUCGCGAUGAAGAACCACAACCAAAAUAUUACGACUCGCAAAUUUGAGCUGCAAGCCUUCGUGGAUGUAAUUAACACUGCGGACGCCUACAAGCUAUCUCGUCUAAUUUGUAACCAGUUUAGCAGAGGCGUAUUUUCAAUGUUGGGUGCCGUAAGUCCAGAUUCAUUCGACACGUUGCAUUCUUAUAGCAACACCUUCCAGAUGCCAUUCGUGACACCCUGGUUUCCUGAAAAGGUUCUGACGCCGUCCUCGGGUCUCCUGGACUUCGCCAUAAGUAUGCGGCCGGAUUACCAUCGCGCUAUCAUCGAUACGGUGCGAUACUACGGUUGGAAGAAAAUCAUCUACCUCUACGACUCCCACGAUGGACUGCUCAGGCUGCAGCAGAUUUAUCAGGGCUUGAAACCAGGCAACGAGUCCUUUCAAGUCGAAACCGUCAAGAGAAUACAGAAUAUGUCGGAGGCGAUUGAUUUUCUACGGAGUCUUGAAGAACUUAACCGAUGGAGCAAUAAAUACGUCGUGCUCGACUGUCCGACGGAUAUGGCGAAGGAUAUUGUUGUGAGCCACGUGAGGGAUAUAGCUUUGGGAAAGAGGACGUAUCAUUAUCUGCUGAGUGGCUUGAUAAUGGACGACCGAUGGGAGAGCGAGGUGAUCGAGUUUGGCGCCAUCAACAUCACGGGCUUUCGCAUCGUGGAUGUCACUCGACCUCACGUCAAGGACUUCCUGGCCGGCUGGCAUCGCCAGGAUCCCGCCAUAUCUCAAGCCGGUCGUGAAUCCAUUUCCGCACAAGCCGCUCUGAUGUAUGACGCCGUGUUCGUCUUGGUUGAAGCUUUCAACAAGUUUUUGAGAAAAAGAACUGAUAAAAAUAAUACACGACGUAUAGGAACUCCAAGCAGUAAUCAGCCCAUAAACGGAACAAAAACUUUAGAUUGCUACAACAAUCGUGGCUGGGUCACUCCGUGGGAACAUGGCGACAAAAUCUCGAAAUUUUUAAGAAAGGUUGAGAUCGAAGGACUAACGGGAGAGAUACGAUUCAAUGACGAUGGUCGACGACAAAAUUAUACGCUUCAUGUCGUCGAAAUGACUGUCAAUAGUGCUAUGGUGAAAGUCGCCGAGUGGACCGAUGAAACUGGUUUUCAAGCCAUAGCCGCAAAAUAUGUGCGACUUCGUCCUCAUGAAGUUGAGAAGAAUAAAACUUACAUCGUUACUACAAUAAUGGACGAUCCUUAUAUAAUGAGGAAAAUAUCGGACACUGGUGAAGUAUUAGUUGGAAAUGAUAGUUAUGAAGGAUAUUGUAAAGACUUGGCUGAUCUCAUCGCCAAAAGAUUAGGCAUAUCAUACGAGCUGCGGAUCGUGAAGGACGGAAAAUACGGCGAGGAAAACCAGGACGUCCCGGGUGGCUGGGACGGCAUGGUCGGGGAGCUUAUCAGAAAGGAAGCCGACAUAGCGAUUGCUCCCAUAACUAUCACCUCCGACCGGGAACGCGUGAUCGAUUUUAGUAAACCGUUUAUGUCUCUCGGCAUCAGCAUUAUGAUAAAAAAACCCAUCAAACAAAAAUCCGGAGUCUUCAGUUUUCUGAAUCCGCUGAGCAAGGAAAUCUGGGUGUGCGUCAUUUUUUCCUACAUCGCAGUUUCUAUCGUCCUAUUUAUUGUGUCGAGGUUUUCGCCAUACGAGUGGAGAGUCCUCACCAUCAGCGGUAGCACGGAUUCAGCUAUUAGCGGACGAAACGAUCCCAGUUUGCAGCAUCCGCAUACACCGCAAGGUUCACCCCACAUGCCAACUUCCAGCAUGGCCAACGACUUUAGUAUCGUAAAUAGCCUCUGGUUUGCUCUGGCGGCGUUUAUGCAACAGGGCUGCGAUAUCUCGCCCAGAUCCAUAUCUGGCCGCAUAGCUGGCAGCGUCUGGUGGUUUUUCACUCUGAUUUUAAUAUGCUCCUAUACCGCAAAUCUCGCUGCAUUUUUAACCAUCGAGAGAAUGGUCACGCCAAUUAACUCACCCGAGGAUUUAGCGGCGCAGACAGAUGUCCAGUAUGGCACUCUCGCUCAUGGCGCUACGAUGGAUUUUUUUCGAAAAUCUCAGAUCAGUCUCUAUAGCAAGAUGUGGGAGUUCAUGAACUCGCGGAAGCAUGUAUUCGUAAAAUCCUACGAGGAGGGAAUACGAAGAGUGAGAACGAGUAAGGGCAAAUACGCAUUUUUAAUCGAGAGCCCGAUGAAUGACUACACCAACGAGAGAGAGCCCUGCGACACGAUGAAAGUCGGAAGAAAUCUCGAUGCCAAGGGAUUCGGUGUCGCGACACCGUUAGGAUCCCCUCUCAGGGAUCCCAUAAACUUGGCGGUGCUGUCACUGAAGGAAAAUGGAGAACUGGCAAAGCUGGUCGAACGAUGGUGGUAUGAAAGGACGGAAUGCAGGCACAGUGAUAAACCAGAUACAGCCAGAAACGAAUUAUCACUGAGCAACGUAGCAGGAAUAUUUUAUAUCCUCAUCGGUGGUCUCCUUCUGGCGCUCGCCGUAGCUCUCUUGGAAUUCUGCUACAAGUCGCAUACAGAAGCGACAAGAGCGAAGAUACCACUAUCAGACGCGAUGAAGGCGAAAGCACGACUAACCAUCGGUGGUGGUCGCGAUUUCGACAAUGGACGGCGCGGGAAGAAACGAGUACUGGCUGCGGAGGUACCAACUUUGACUACGUUCGCGCCGAAGUACUACGCUCCAGCAAACGCGAUUGGGAAUACCGAGGGCGACCAGGUACACAGCAAUACACAUACCCAAGUGUAAAUUGUUACCUGGAGAGCCCGAGCGACGGAUCGCCUGCUAAUUCGCUGCCCACACCCCCGCCGCCACCGCUGGUGGCACCCCCGCCGCCACCCCCGCCGCCCAGGAGACCACGAAGGAGCGUGACCUUCGCGGACUCGCCACCGAAGAGCCCGAAAAGGAAG